GUAAUAAACUUCUUGAUAUAUUCAAUAUCACGAUACUUUACUAUUUAAAGAAGUGACAUAUGUAAAAGUACUUUCGGUUUUAAAGUUUUUACGCCAUAAGUGAGCAUAAGAAUCAAAAUAAUGUCCAAGUGGACGUGCAAGCUGUGUACAUUUAUAAAUGAGGUUGAUUCGAUGUUUUGCCAAGCUUGUGAAAAUGUUAAGAUUGAAGAAACUGAAGAAUUGGAAAAUAUGUGCAGCUACAGAACUAAACCAAUGAGCAACUAUGCAUAUGAAGCAGAUUGGUCUUGUUCGAGGUGUACAUUCACAAACAAAAAUUCAUACAAAAGAUGUAAAAUGUGUGCUUUAGAGAAUCUUACAUACGAAAGUAACCCCGAGUCAGAUAGUUUUCCAUCUGUUAUACAAGAUUCAAGACAUACAGAUUUUGAAGCAAGUAAUGAAAUUCGUAUAGUUCUAAUUGGAAGAACCGGAUCUGGAAAAAGUGCCACCGGAAACUCUCUUCUUGGUAAAGAGCAGUUCGAAUCCAUGGUUUCUGCUUCCUCCAUAACGAGCAAGUGCAAACGGGGGGAGUCUACUCGAAAUGGGAAGAAAAUAAUAGUUGUUGAUACACCCGGACUUUUUGAUACUGGAAUGACAAACGAAAAGGUUACCAAAGAAAUAGUAAAAUGCAUCGGAAUGACAUCUCCAGGGCCGCACGCUAUGGUUCUAGUUGUUGGUAUCGGCAGAUUCACGAAAGAAGAGCAAGACACAGUCAGCCAUUUUGUCGAUCAUUUUGGUGAGGGAAUGUUGCGAUAUAUGAUAGUUCUGUUCACCAGGAAAGACGACCUCACAAAAAGAAAUCAGUCUAUCUGCGAUUAUGUCAGACAUGUACCACAAGAACUGGCAUCAAUUCUUCAACAGUGUGGAAAUCGCUAUAUCGCUUUCAAUAAUGACGAGACAGGAGAGUCUCGAAAAGAACAAGUGGUAGAAUUUUAUGACAUGGUCGAUCGUAUGGUCGUUAAUAAUGGCGGGUCCUGCUAUACAAGUGAAAUAUACCAAGAAGCAGAACUAACAUUACAGCGACGGAUGCGUGCACAACGUGAAAGGCUGGAAGCAGAGAAGAGAAAGGAAAAGGAACAGAUAGAGAGACAAGUAAAGUACAAAUAUGAACACAGAUUAGAAAAAGAAAUUUUUGAGAAAAGCAGAAUAGAGGAAGAGUUGAACUCCAAGAAAAGACAGGAAGAGAAGGAUAAAGAAGAAAAACGAUUACUUGAGAAGGAGGUUGAGGGUCUGAAACAAAAGCUUAAUGAUGCAGCAAACUCUGGAGGUCGAUACGAUGCCGAAGACAAAAAAAGGAUGGAGAAACAAAUGGAAUCAUUACAACAACAGUUGAAAUCGUCUGAAAUAAGGAGUGCUAAGAGAGAAAGGGAGCAAUUACAGAGAGAACUAGACGAGGCGAAUCGUAGAUUUCAAAAAGAAUUAGCAGCAAAGGAUCUAGAAAUGAAGAGAGAACUAAAACGAAAGGAUGAUGAGUAUAAAUCAAGAAUGAAAACGGACAAACUAAGACAAAAAGAAAGAGACAAUGUAGAAAAUGAAAACGAUGGAGCUCUGUCAGAUAUCAUUGGAGGUUUCAAGAAACUAGGUUCAGGCGUGGUAAAAGCUGGAAAGAAAAUUCUUAGCUUCUUUGGAAUCACUAAGUAAAAAUAUUUAUCUCCUAUAUUUAUAUCAAGAAUAUUAUCCGUCAACUCAACCCUUAUUGUAUGCAUACUAUAUUGUAAUUAUGGAUUAUAUAUUUAAAUAGGAUAGCAGCAAGUCAUUACUGGUUGAACUGGUACCCAGCGCUUUAGAAUCCAAUCAGAUUGAAUCAGAUUUGAAAAUUUGUAGUUUAUAAUCCUGCAUAAAUGUAAAAAAAAAUGCAAGUUUUCUGAAAUAGUUCUAACCUGUUCUUGUUUCUCAGUCACAUCUACAAGGUUGCAUGCACAUUGCAU